GUGUACCUGGAGAAACGCUGUCGCGCAGAGCCGCCCAUUUGCGCUUUACCUCGGAUUUACCUGCCGGUGAGACUGCGCCAAUGAACCGCUGAAGCCGAGAGUCGUCAACGCAUCAACUAAUCAAUAACAAUGAAGAAGGGGUCGCUGAAUUUUCUGAGUCGAAAGAAUCACUCUCUUUUCGACACCGAUGUCAAAAGGAAUGAGCUCGAAAACGUGGAGCUGCUCCUUGGGCCAACCGCAACUCCUGAGUCCGGGACUGCCAGCGUGCGGGCCAGACCUACGGUCAAGCAUCAUGCUUCCUCAUCUGAGAGUUUUCAAGGCUUUGCUGUCCCAACACCUAAAGUCCCCCUCCUCCCCCCCGUUAAUGGUCCAAAGAUCAAUGGUUCAGUUGGUGGAGGUCAGUUGUCUAAUGGCUUCGUUACAUCAGUGCCUGACCUUGACAAGGAGGAAAUAUUUGUUCCCCCUUGUCCUUCUGUAGCACCUCCACCCCCUCCAAAUGUUUUUAUCCCGCCUCCACCAGACUUCUUGGGUGACCUAAACAGUCUAGACCCAGCAACCCUACAGCCUCCUUCCAUGCCUGCACCAAAUCCUCCUUCAGUGGAACCAAAAGAAGAGGAUUUAUCCUUCUUAAAACGACCACCAAUGGCUCCGCCAAAGCCUCCAUCUACCUCUUCUACUGGCUCUGCAUCUUCCAUACCCAUUUCUAGUCUGCCAACAGCCCAAGUUCCAGAGCAUCCAAAAUUUGCCGCACCACAGCCCCCUACUGAAAGGCGGCAGAAGACUCAGAAGACACCACCUCCAAAACCCAUUAGAGUUUCCUCAGUCUCCAGCCUUGACUCUCCACCACACUCUCCUGCACCACCUCCCCCUGUGCAGGCACCCACAUUGUCCACCUUCAAUCCCCAACACAGGGCAAAGAUUAACAGUACUCCUAAGACCUCAUUUUAUAGUGGUCUUGAGGAUCGUGAGAAAAAAUCUAACCACCUGUUAAUCCUGGAAGAUUCUGGGACUGCUAACUCCAUUCCUGUGCUUGUCCAGGCGGAUGGAAAUGCUUCUAAAGUAGCUGCACCAUCUAAACCAGUUCCCAAUGAUGUACAGGAGCUGAAAAAGAACUUGCAAGUUGCCCAACCUUCUGAAUCACCCCCACCUGAGCAAAAAACUGAGGCUAAAACAGAGACAAUUUCUGCAGAAAUAACCAACCCAGUACUGCCACCACCUCAGAAGUCUCCACAGCUUGAGGGAGUUGAGAAAGUGAACAGUACUCCGAUGAAUUUAGAGCCCAUCAAAGACAAACCUGGACGAUACCAAAGUCCAGACCAGAAAUUCAGCCCGUUAUUGGAUCGUAAACUACACAGCCUGAAAGGAAAUCAAACCCAUGGAGCACGAGAUGGACAUGCAGCUUCUCCGCUGGCUCUUCUACAGGCAGCUAAAGAAAGAGAGAAACACAGAUCGACUCACUCUCUGUCACAGGAUAGCAGUGCAAAGAAGAAUGACAAGCCAAGUAUUCACCCAAGUGAAAAAAUACUACCAGAGACUCCAGAGUAUUUCAGUCCAAUACAACAUCCAAAAACAAAUGAUGCUCCAGAAAAUUCAAGCAGUCAUGCACUAGUCAAUGGCCAGGUACCAUCUACCAGUCCAGCUCUCAACAACAUCAUAGAAACCCCAACUGUUAGCAAAAUAGCUGAGCAGAGACAAAAUGCAUAUCAAAGCAACUCACAGUCCCAGUCUGCACAGCCUCAGAGCAAUAAAGAGAUCAGCAUGCCGUUACUCCCUCCACCACCAGAGUUUGAUGAUUUAACCAAGAUUAUGGAGCUGCCUCCUUCCUUCUGUCCACCUGACCCUCCCACAAAAAAGGCACCUCUACCACCUAUAAGCUCUCUUUCUCCUGGCUCAGUUCAGUCUCCUUUAAAUACAACACAACCCUCUUUAAGUCCUACCUCUUCAGCUUCAGUUCUAUCCUCUCCUCUGAAGACGGCACCUGCAGCUUCAGCUCCAGCUCCUCCUGUGAAGACGGCACCUGCAGCUUCAGUUCCAGCUCCUCCUGUGAAGACGGCACCUGCAGCUUCAGUUCCAGCUCCUCCUGUGAAGACGGCACCUGCAGCUUCAGUUUCAGCUCCUCCUCUGAAGACAGCACCUGCAGCUUCAGUUCCAGCUCCUCCUGUGAAGACGGCACCUGCAGCUUCAGUUCCAGCUCCUCCUGUGAAGACGGCACCUGCAGCUUCAGUUUCAGCUCCUCCUCUGAAGACAGCACCUGCAGCUUCAGUUCCAGCUCCUCCUCUGAAGACAGCACCUGCAGCUUCAGUUCCAGCUCCUCCUGUGAAGACGGCGCCUGCAGCUUCAGUUCCAGCUCCCCCUCUGAAGACGGCACCUGCAGCUUCAAUUCCAGCUCCCCCUCCUUUAAACCCACCACCACCCAGUGCUCAACCAAAGUCACAAAUCCAGACAAAACCCAGGGCAGACCCAAGUCAGUCAGGACGUACUCUUGAACAAAGACAUUUUGAUCUCCAGUGCAUCUUAAAAAAGAAGCUGGAGGAAAUGGCCCCUAAAAUGUCUCACCAAAAGGAAGAUGCAGAGCCCCCUUCCGAUGAAUGGGAAGCCAGCGACCAACUCAAACCAUCAACACCCAACUAUCAGCACAAAGCAGGAACCCUGGACAUGACGGAGUUGCAGCGCAAAGUGGAAAAAAAAUAUCAGGAUAACUCAUCAACAAAAGGUUCCAUCAGCAAUGGACCAAAGUCUAAAUAUCAACAUGGUAUGACCUUCACAGUUCGACCUGGAACCAAAAAUCCUAUUACUUAUUAUGAGUAGCGGGGAUUAUUAAUGGUCUUGGACAUUUUAGCUUCAGUUCCAGCUCCUCCUGUGAAGACGGCACCUGCAGCUUCAGUUCCAGCUCUUUGACCCUUCUGCAGAGUACAGCACACACUGUAUGUGAAAGGACAGUUUUAUCCACAGCAGUGUGUACCACAGCUAAAGGAAAAAAGUUUUCACACAGAUUAUUUACAUACAAGUGGGUAGCAAAUAUGUUAAGAAUGUCUCAUGACAAAGGACUGCUGAGUUAUGAAGAUGAACAUGAUACUCUGUCAAAUGGUGUUUUCUUUUCCAUUGUAUCACAGUUGGGUAGAAAUGUUUAAACAUUUGUUUAGUUGUAGCUAAUUAUUUAGUCUAUAUUUUGCAUAUGUCGACUUUUUAACUGUAGCUUUUGAUUAGUGUGAAUUGCUCAUGGGUAAUAUUAAUUAUAUAGAUAGAAACGAUCAAGUAAAAAAAAAAAAAGUCUUUUAUAGAACCAUUUAUAGUCUUAAUUGUGAAAUAUAAUAAUUUGGAGUAUAAUUCUUGUUUUCCAUGCUGUAAUUACCUGCUAAAUAAUGGGAAAUGUUCUUUCACUGUUACAUCUAGAUUAUGUAAGAUUACUGGAGCAAAGUAGUGGAGUUCUAGUAUGAUUCUCACAUUUAUUUAUCCAAGAAAUCCUUUACUAUUUGUAUAAGGUUUAUUAUUCCACUGCAGUAAAAAGUGUUAAUCUAGUUACAUUUAUGUUUUUAUUGAUGGACAUAUCGGUUUGUAUAAUAUGAAAAUGGAAUUUACAUAUUGCAAGAUGUAGUUAUAUGUACAUGUUCAAGUUGUAUAUACAAAGCCAUCAAAAUAAGGAGUUUAUCUACUCAGUUUCUCUAACUAGAAAAUAAAUUUAACCAAUUUAAAUGAA